AUGGCGCGGCUAUUGCUAGUGCUGCUGGUGUGGCUGGCGCAGGCGGCACCGGUGCGUGCUGCGGGCUCGGUGCGUCUGGCGGGCGGCCUCACGCUGGGCGGUCUGUUCCCAGUGCACGCGCGCGGCGCGGCCGGCCGUGCGUGCGGACAGCUGAAGAAAGAGCAAGGUGUGCACCGGCUCGAGGCCAUGUUGUACGCGUUGGACCGCGUGAACGCCGACCCGGAGCUGCUGCCUGGCGUGCGCCUGGGCGCGCGGCUGCUGGACACCUGCUCGCGGGACACGUACGCGCUGGAGCAAGCGCUGAGCUUCGUGCAAGCGCUGAUCCGCGGCCGAGGCGACGGAGACGAGGCGGCCGUGCGCUGUCCUGGAGGCGUCCCUCCGCUGCGCACCGCGCCCCCUGAGCGCGUGGUGGCGGUGGUGGGCGCCUCGGCCAGCUCAGUCUCCAUCAUGGUGGCGAACGUGCUGCGCCUGUUCGCGAUUCCUCAGAUCAGCUAUGCGUCCACAGCGCCGGAGCUCAGCGAUGCCACACGCUAUGACUUCUUCUCCAGAGUGGUACCCCCAGAUUCCUACCAGGCCCAGGCCAUGGUGGACAUUGUGCGGGCCUUGGGCUGGAACUACGUGUCCACACUGGCUUCCGAGGGCAACUAUGGCGAGAGUGGGGUGGAGGCCUUCGUGCAGAUCUCCCGCGAGGCUGGUGGGGUCUGUAUUGCCCAAUCCAUCAAGAUUCCCAGGGAACCAAAGCCGGGCGAAUUCAACAAGGUGAUCAAGAGGCUCAUGGAGACCCCCAAUGCACGGGGCAUCAUCAUCUUCGCCAGCGAGGACGACAUCAGGCGAGUCCUGGAGGCCACGCGCCAGGCCAACCUAACUGGCCACUUCCUAUGGGUGGGUUCAGACAGCUGGGGAUCCAAGACCUCCCCGAUCCUGAGCUUGGAGGAAGAGGCUGUGGGGGCCAUCACCAUUCUUCCCAAGAGGGCUUCCAUUGAUGGCUUUGACCAGUACUUCAUGACUCGCUCCCUGGAGAACAAUCGCAGGAACAUCUGGUUUGCAGAAUUCUGGGAAGAGAAUUUUAACUGCAAGCUGACCAGCUCUGGCAGCCAGAAUGAGGAAGCCAUCCGCAAAUGCACAGGUGAGGAACGCAUCGGCCAGGACUCUGCCUAUGAGCAGGAGGGAAAGGUGCAGUUUGUGAUCGACGCUGUGUACGCCAUUGCCCACGCCCUCCACAGCAUGCACCAGGCCCUCUGCCCCGGGCAAACAGGCCUCUGCCCGGCUAUGGAACCCACAGACGGGCGGACUCUGCUCCAGUACAUUCGAGCUGUGCGCUUCAAUGGCAGUGCGGGAACCCCUGUGAUGUUCAACGAGAACGGAGAUGCACCAGGCCGCUAUGACAUCUUCCAGUACCAGGCAGCCAAUGGCAGCGCCAGCAGCGGCGGGUACCAGGCUGUGGGCCAAUGGGCAGAGGCCCUCAGACUGGAUGUAGAAGCCCUCCAGUGGUCAGGCGACCCGCAUGAGGUGCCCCCGUCUCAGUGCAGCCUCCCCUGUGGGGCUGGAGAGCGGAAGAAGAUGGUGAAGGGCGUGCCCUGCUGCUGGCACUGUGAGGCCUGCGACGGCUACCGCUUUCAGGUGGAUGAGUUCACUUGCGAGGCCUGCCCGGGUCACAUGAGGCCCACGCCCAACCACACGGGCUGCCGGCCCACGCCUGUGGUCCGCCUCACCUGGUCCUCCCCCUGGGCGGCCCCACCCCUCCUCCUGGCUGUGCUGGGCAUCGUGGCCACCACCACGGUGGUGGGCACCUUCGUUCGCCACAACGACACACCCAUUGUGCGCGCCUCUGGCCGUGAGCUGAGCUACGUGCUCCUCACUGGCAUCUUCCUCAUCUACGCUGUCACCUUCCUUAUGGUGGCUGAGCCCGGGGCAGCCGUGUGUGCUGCUCGCCGCCUAUUCCUGGGCCUGGGUACCACGCUCAGCUACUCAGCCCUGCUCACCAAGACCAACCGCAUCUACCGCAUCUUCGAGCAGGGCAAGCGCUCCGUCACACCCCCGCCCUUCAUUAGCCCCACCUCGCAGCUUGUCAUCACCUUCAGCCUCACCUCCCUGCAGGUGGUGGGAGUGAUAGCGUGGCUGGGGGCCCUGCCCCCACACAGCAUCAUCGACUAUGAAGAGCAGCGCACGGUGGAUCCAGAGCAGGCCAGAGGGGUGCUCAAGUGCGACAUGUCGGAUCUGUCCCUCAUCGGUUGCCUGGGCUACAGCCUCCUGCUCAUGGUCACAUGCACCGUGUACGCCAUCAAGGCCCGUGGCGUCCCUGAGACCUUCAAUGAGGCCAAGCCUAUUGGCUUCACCAUGUACACCACCUGCAUCGUCUGGCUGGCCUUCGUGCCCAUCUUCUUCGGCACUGCCCAGUCUGCUGAAAAGAUCUACAUCCAGACAGCCACACUGACCGUGUCCUUGAGCCUCAGUGCAUCGGUGUCCCUUGGCAUGCUCUACGUGCCCAAAACCUACAUCAUCCUGUUCCACCCCGAGCAGAACGUGGCCAAGCGGAAGCGGAGCCUCAAGACUACCUCCACAGUGGCAGCAGCUCCACUCAAGGGAGAGGACACACAGGAGCCUAAGUAGCAAGGCAUGCUGGAACUGGGAGACCAGCUGCUCCCUGUCUUCUCUUGUGCUUGCUUCCUGCUGGAAGCCGACGAGAACUCUU